AGAUUUUACUCUUAAAAUGCGUAAGAAAACUGUGUGAUUACGGAACACCAGUCAAAAAUGUUCGAAGCGAUACGACGCUAUUCUCAGGAAUUGUCGAUGGUGCCAAAUCGACCGUCGAUUUCACCAACACCAUCAAUUGGCGCUGGAGCGACACCAUUGGAGAAGCACUAUCACCAAUUGGUGUUCAAGGUGCAAGCCGGUUACUGGAAAGUCCAUUCGGCUAGGUCGUUGUUUGGCGAUAAGGAAGCAUCAGUGAUGGUGUUCGAACGAAAAAACAAUGUAAAAGCUCCACCUAGGAUUGGUCGAAUGAAUAAAUUUGCGCUUGUCGACCUGAUCAAAUAUGAGAUAAGUCAGUUAUCAGCUUUGGCACAUCCUCGAAUUCUGCAUGUCCAGCAUGCCCUAGAGGAUUCAAAAGACUUCCUCGCUUUUGCUAGUGAGUCCGUAUGUGGCUCGCUCGACACCAUUGUCAUAGAAGAGGGAGUGGAAAGGUUGGAGAUGAAAUUGGGAGUGUUACAGAUUAUUGAUGGUCUUUCUUAUCUCCACAAUUCGGCAAAAAUUCUUCACGGUAAUCUUACCCCUGCUUCAAUUUUCGUUACCACAAGUAGACUUUGGAAAAUUGCCGGAUUCUCAUUUGCUGUUGCGGCUAGGGAACCAGAUUGCUACCCAUGUUUUCCAUGGACCAAGAAACUACCUCCGGUUCUGCAGCCAGAUUUGGAUUUUUUGGCUCCAGAAUAUUUAGCACCAAAUCAGCAAACGGUCUCUUCUGCUGCAGACGUAUUUUCAUUAGGAGUGCUGAUUUGUUGGAUUUAUGCAGGUGGUAAACGUCUCAUAGAUGCGAAGAACAACCUGGAAACUCAUGCCAUCAUCUGUGGGCAGUUGAAUGAAGCCCUUAACUGCAUAUCUGAUGAACUUGGUGCUAACCUGCGCGAGUCUAUGGGUAAAGUUCUAAGUCUUGACGUAGAAAUUCGACCUACUGUCCAACUUCUGUCCUUGAUCAAGCACUUUGACGAUCCAGCACUGUCAGCCCUCCGACAACUCGAUGACAUCUCACAAGUAUUCGAUCCAUCACAAAAAGCGCAUUUCUUAUCACAGACAUUAUUGUCGGCUUUGCCUGUGAUACCUGAGAAUCUCUGGUUUUCGCGGGUCCUGCCACGAUUUAACGAACAACUCUUCGAUUCGCAUGAACUGUUCUCAGCGCUGGCCAAGCCACUCUUCUUCAUGUUGGAUCACUGCGAGAGCCAUAACAUCCAUAAGCUGAAGGUGUGGAUGAGGAAGCUGCUGGACCACACAACGCAAAAAUCGUUGAGAUCGUUUGUUCUGGAGAAUAUGAGCUCGCUGUUUCGACGAUUGUCAGAUGAUAAGGUCGAGGACAAAUGUAUGGAAUUGAUAGUGCACUCGCUGCGAUCUGAUGAUUCAAGUGUACAGUCAUCAGCGGUUCGUGGACUGCCUCAUGUAGCUGAUUUCUUGCCUGCUGCUUUCAUCAGUCGCAAACUUCUACCAGCCAUCAUGUGUCUGCCACCGUAUCUUCACGACAAUGUACCGCGUCAACUCGAUCUUCUCGCAGGAUUAGCAUCGUUGUCAGAUCGCUGCGAUACCGCAUCGUUACAACAAUUAUUGUCAUGCGUAUCAUUGUGUUCAGCCCAUCAUCCUGUGAUUAUCCAUGCAAAGUCGAGACUGGUCCAGCGGAUUGUUACACGCGACCCGAUAAGGAUGAAAGAUGCCUCCCAAGUGUGCGUACAUCUACUGAAUCCGCUUGUUAUCGGAUUGAGCUGCAAGGAACUUAGCUCCGCCCACUUCGAUGACGUCAUGAGCAGUGUGCGCAUUCUAUUGGAUCUUGUUGAGCAGUUACGGUAUGAAUCUGAUGAUCGAAUGCAGCAGCAACAGCUAGGACUAGGGCGCCUCGGCAAUCGUCGAGUGUCAAUGAGCAGCACAAAUCUACCACGAGUGAUGAUUAGUGCAGCUCGUCCAUCAUUCUCCAGUGACUCUAGGAAGAUGUCCUUCUUAUCAGCUGAUGGUCGUCUUGAAGAUCGUGGAAGACGUGAAUCGCGUGAUAGUCGUGGUUCUUUGGAAAGCGACAUGAGUAUCCGUAUCGGCAAUGGCUCAGAUAUGUCCGAUGAUUCGUGCCAUAGCGGAGCGUCACAAUCGGCUCGUGGUCGACGUCAAUCCUGGCUUGAUUGCUAUGCUCAUUCUAUGUCUCUAGAACAAGGUGCUUCUUAUCUAGAGACAAAGAAUAUCGAUGCUGUUAUGAGUUUGAAACGUGGUGGUGGUCGGUGUUCGGAACGACGAGCCAGGACAAGGUCGCCACAAAUGGAUAUGGACAUGCGAUCACAAACUCCUGCUCGGCCGAAUAGUUUUACAAAUCUGGGUCAUAAUCUGGUGUUGACGUACAGAACUCUCUGGAAUAAGGACCACUGACGCCUUCUGUAAUCAUUCAUCCUAUUUAUAUGGUUUGUUUAGUACAUAGAAUCCGGAAAUAUCAUAGGAUCUCUCAUAUCCAAGUUGUCUUUGUCUUCAACUUGAUCUCUAUUAGAUGUGUACGUUGAUACUGGUCAAACUUCUCAUUUUUGAUAGCUUCGGCCCUUGUCAUAAGGUCAGCCUACAAAAGUCAAGUGGCCAAAUUUUAUGCCAAUGUACUGUAUAUACCGUAUUUAGCCGUAUCUGUGUAAGCUUUUCAAAUGUUUUUGCCUUAUUUUAUGUAACCAUCGGUGAUACGACUAUGGAUAUGUGUAUGCAAUGAUAUAACGGUCAUUAUAAUAUAUUGUAUAAAAGAUC